UGCGUGCGGCACCGCCCGGCAGAUAUAAGCGCGACGCGCCGGGGCCCCGGCGCCGGUGUCGUUCUUCCCCGCCGGCUCUCUCCGGGUUGUCCGUCCGUCCUUCCUUCCAUCCGUCCGUCCGUCCGUUCGCACCCGCUUUGUUUUCUCGCCGUCCGCGGGCUCGGGCCCCCCCACGCCGCUGCCACCCUGAAGUUUCUGGCGGUGCUGCUGGCGGCGGGCAUGCUGGCUUUCCUGGGGGCCAUCAUCUGCAUCAUCGCCAGCGUCCACCCGGCCGGCACCGCCGCCCCCCCCGCCGCCGCCGCCCCCCCCGCCGCCGCCGACAAUGACUCGGCCGCCGCCGCCCUCCUGCCCGCCGCCGCCGACAAAGGGCUGGGGGCGCUGCACGGCCCCCCCGAGGCUCUGGCCAGCGCCGGGCCUCGCCUGCCGGGGGGGCCACCGCCGCCGCCGCUUUUCAGCCGCUUCGUCUGCACGCCGCUGAGCGCCGAGUGCCCGGCCACCGGCCCCGGCCCCGGCCCCGGCCCCGCCGCCGGCCCCGAGGAGCUGCUGGCUCUGCGGAGCGCGGCGGCUCAGCUGCGCCGCACGGCGCUGGAGCAGAAGGAGCGGAUCCGAAUGGACCAGGAGACCAUCCGGGAGCUCACCGGCAAGCUCAGCCGCUGCGAGGGCGGCCUGCGAAACCCUGCGCCCCCCCCUCCACCCGCCGCCGCCGCUCCCCCCGCCGCGGGGCUCCGCGCCGCCCCGCGCCCCGGCACCAUGGGGCACCCCCCCGCCGAACCGCCCGCCGUGCGGGAGCUGGAGGAGGCCGUCCGUGCCCUCCAGGACCGCAUCGACCGGAUAGAGCAGGAGCUGCCAGCCCGCACCAACGGCUCGGUGCCCACCACCCCAGCGCUCGCCCGCGACGCCCUCCACACCAAGAUGGAGCAGCUGGAGGAGCAGCUCCUCUCCAAGAUCCUGACCUUGCAGAAGGAGCGCCAGGCUGCCAGCACCGACCGCAGCCAGCAGCAGCACGACAUCGAGAAGGAGCUGAACUCCCUCCAGAACCGGGUGACGGAGCUGGAGCACGGACCACCAGGCUAUAGCCCUCCCGACGCCUUCAAGGUGACCAUCCCGGUGCAGAACAACUACAUGUACGCCCGCAUGAAGAAGAGCCUGCCGGAGCUCUACGCCUUCACCAUCUGUAUGUGGCUGAAGUCCAAGGCCCUGGCAGGGCUCGGCACCCCUUUCUCCUACUCUGUCCCAAGCCAAGCUAAUGAGAUUGUGCUGCUGGAGUGGGGCACCAACCCCCUGGAGCUGCUCAUCAAUGACAAGGUCGCCCAGCUGCCGCUGAGCCUGAAGGACAAGGCCUGGCACCACGUCUGCGUGGCGUGGACCACCCGGGACGGCAAGUGGUCGGCAUACCAGGACGGCGAGCAGCGGGGCGCCGGCGAGAACCUGGCCUCCUGGCACGCCAUCAAGCCCCAGGGUGUCAUCAUCCUGGGCCAGGAGCAGGACACGCUGGGCGGCCGCUUUGAUGCCACGCAGGCCUUCGUGGGGGAGCUGGCGCAGUUCGGCGUGUGGGACCACAUGCUGGCGCCGGCGGAGAUCCUGGGCUUGGCCAACUGCACCUCCCACCUCCAAGGCAACGUGAUCCAGUGGGACGACCAGGCAGUGGAGGUCUUCGGGGGUGCCAGCAAGGGGGGCUUCGCUGCCUGCGAGGAAGGGAGGAAGGCAUGAGUGGCCCCUCACCCCCCUCCCCAGCGCCGAGGAGGCCGGUGGCAGCCCCGAAGCCGGGAGCCCCUUCCUCCCCUCCAAGACGACCGAGCCUCGCCGGCACGAUGCUCGAGCCCCCUCUGUGCUGGUGUCCUGGGAGGGAGGGGGGCCCCUGGCAGCCUCCCUUUUGCCCCCACGCCGGUGGCGUGGCUUGUCCCCCCUCCCAGCACGCCUGCCCCUGGGUCUCGCCUUGCCCUGCUUUUGUUUUGGGAGGAUCUCACCGUACCCACAGGUGUCUCCGGUACGGCGAGGUUCCCCGCCUUGUCAGCCCCAACAAGGAGAGGGAAGGAGACCUCCAUCCACCUCAGGCACGGUUCAGCCUUGGUGGGAUGCCAGCGUGCGGGCACCCCCUGAGCACAUCCCCUUCCCGUAUUUAUUUCUACCACCUUGCUAUCUAGUUUUGUAAGCCUGUACUCCAAAUGAGCCCAAAGGCUCGGCCAGGAGCACCUGCCCCUCCGGCUCCAUCCCCUCUUCUCCUGCCGCCCUCGUUUUUCAAGUGUGACCCAGGGAGGCCAAGGGAGGAUAGUUGGGGGGGUCGGUGGGGCAGUGCUCCCCCUCUGCACUCCUUCCCCUGCCUCCACUGCCUGUCCGGGCAGGGCUGCCCGAGGGAAGUCCGGCUUUCAAGGCAGAGGGAAGCAAAGUGCCCCCCUCCCCACACCCCCCAAGCUGGGGGUGGGGGGGGCAGUCAGCCACCGAGGGAAUGGGGGGAAAGGGGCAGAGCAUCUCCCCAUCCCUGGCCGAGUGGGAGCGACGGCAGCACUGCUGUUGAAGGCAGCAAAAGCAAGAAGAAAAGGAGCUGAAAAACGGUGGUGGCCGGAGGACCCCUGCCGUCUAUGCCCUGGCCUUUUGGGCGCUGCCUUGGGUUGCUGCCCUUGCCUCCACCUGGGUCCCCUGCUUUGAGAUGCUUCUGGCCAGGGACAGGGCCACCACCAGCCCUGGAACUGGGGGGCAAUGGGGCAGGCAGGUAUUUUCCCCGUGGAGUGCCUGAGAAUAUGCUGUUUCCAUGCCACAUGGUCACCAACGUCUCAAUACGCGUGCGUGCGUGCGUGCGUGUGUGCGUGUGUGUGUGUGUGGCUGGGGGCGGGGGGUGGGGGGGAGGGUUAUUUCAGGGGUCUCAUGGUUGCUCAAUGCGGUGUCCAGCUUCCAGUGCUCCCCCCUACCCCAAGUCCCACUUUGUGCUUUCGGCGAUGGCUGCUCCCGUGCCCUGGGGGGGUGAAGUGGGCAGAGGGGACAGUCCUGCCCCCCAGCAUCACCCCCCACCCCCCCCCCCCCGGCAGGGUCCCCUCCGGCAGUGGGGUGGCUCAGCCCACCAAGGGGGACACAGCGGGGACGGGGCGCAGCCCUUGUGCCAAGUGGGAGACACUGUGACCUCCAUGCACCCCGCCGAGCUGCCCCCUCUUCCUCGCUCGCUCGCUUUCUCUAAUGCACGUUCGUGAAAGGGGCCCCUGAUGCGCGCCCGUGUUGGGACGUUUCUUUUGUAAAGCUGAUUGUGAACAAUAAACGUGACGUUUUCUGUUCGA